GGGGAGGAGGAAAUCUAGGGGACCGAGUGGAUGAGCGCGGCCAGAAUCGUGGCGAGGGGGGCAAGACGGAUCGCAUUGACGGCGCUGGCCAAUCCCCAUGGAAAAUGGAGGAUUCCAUCGCUUGCAGCUUCGAGCUGUCGGCGCUCACAGAGAAGCUGUGGCACGCGAGCGUGGCGGCCAAGAUCCGGCGCCGCCAGUGCCGCGCCCUCCACCUCCGCUGCUCCCAGAUCGAUGGCUACGUGCUGGCCUGGAAGGCUGGCGGAUCCAGGGCCGAAUUCGUGACGCGCGCCGGCCCGGCAAUGCUGGAGAUGGUGAAGAUCUUCAAGCGCGCGCUCAAGCUGGUGGGUGACUGUGGCGGCGCUCGCUGCUGGCUCCAGAUGGCGGCGGCGCGGCUCCACAGCGGCGACGAAUUCCUGGCGGUGCUCGAGGAUCUGGAGGAGGUCGUGGAGGCCGUGAGCGCUAGGGUUUUGAUUGGCGGCGGCGGCGGCGAGAUCCUGCGCCACAAGUGCCUCGAGCACCAAUCCUUCGUGCGCGAGGAGCUGCUGGGCGCGGAGGCGCGUGAGCGCGAGAAGAUGGUGGCGGCGCUGGAGCAUCGGGUCCGCGAGGCGGGGGACCCGGUGAGCGCCCACGCGCUGGAGCGGCUGAGGCAGGGCGGCGGCGAUACGGCGGCGCCGCCGAUGCUCCGCCGGGCGGACGUGACGUGGGAGCCGGCGGACAAGCUCGGGCAGGGCGCGUCCGGGACGGUGUACCGCGCGGACUGGCUGGGACAGGCGGUGGCCGUCAAGGUCUUCAAGCGCGACGACGUCACGUUUGAGAGGGAGGUGGCGGCGCUCGUCGCGCCACACCCCCACGUCCUCCAGGUGAUCGGCUACCUGGGCGCUGGCGAUGGCGAUCCGGUGAUCGUGAUGGAGCUCAUGCGCAUGGAUCUGCGGCGCUUCCUCGACGCUGGCGGUGGCGGCGGCGCGCCCUCCCACCUCGCCAUCGACUUGCUCCUCCAGAUCGCCCGCGGUACGCAAUUCCUCCACGACCACGGCGUCGUCCACCGCGAUCUUAAGCCGCAGAACGUCCUGGUGGACUUUGACGGCAACGACCGGCGGAUGGUCAACGUUCUGUUGACUGACUUCGGCAUCGCGAGGACCGGCUUUGACAGCAUGGUCAACGACUUGACCAGCCUCCGCGGCACGCCGCGGUACAUGGCGCCCGAGAUGAUGGCGUCCGCGGCCGCGACGCUGGGCGGCUACUCGCGCAAGGUGGACGUGUACAGCUUUGGCGUGCUGUGCUCCGAGGUUCUCACUGGAUCACCGCCGUUUGGAGACAAGCGAUGGCUCGGGAUCAACGAAGUCAGGGAGAUGGUCGACUCCGGGAAGAGGCCCGAGCUCCCGGCGUCGUGCCCCGGCGAGCUCCGGGAUCUCAUUACGCGCUGCUGGAGCGGCGACGCCGAGUCCCGCCCCGCCUUCUCGGAGAUCGAGCGCGAGCUCGCCAGUAUCAAGAGGAAGCUCUUGGCGUGGAACCUCACGGAGAGCAGCACCACCGCGAGCAACAACAACACGACGAGCUCUAGCAGCAGCAACAGCGUCAGCGUCAGCGUCGUCCACCACGACGAUCGAUCCAGCGUGGUUCUUCCCGGUGUGGAGGAGCUGCGGCUGCGAGGAGCGCCGGUGGUUGGCAGCAACCUUGGCGUCCGGUUGCGGGCAGUGAACGGUGCCGCGUUCGUCCUCUGCCAGUGGAUCUGCGAGGGCGAGAGUGGAAUAGCUCAUCAGCCACCGGUGCUGGUUCCAGUGAUCACCGCGGCCUCGUCUUCUUCCAUCCCGGAGCUCACCCGCACGAUCACAGCCGCGGAGUACCGGAAGAAGCUGGUGCUCCAGUGCCUGCCGCUCAGCUCCACGAUGCGUCCCGGGAUCGUGGCCAGGAAGUCGAGCAGCAGGGUUGGGCUUGGCGGCGAGCUCCAGGAGACGAUCGAAAGGAGCUACGCCGGCGGCCAGGCGAGCUUCAAGGUGGUCCAGCUGCGCCCGCGGUGGUGGGAGUCGACGGGGAAGCUCUUCAUCAAUCGCCAGGACUAUCUCCUGUGGUGGGGGCAGGGAAAUCCCAAGAACGUCCGCUACUCCUUCUCGGACUCCCCACAGGGGCGCGAGCACCCGGCCCCGCUCCAGCUCUCGCCCGCGGGGCCGAUGCUGUGCGAUCUCCGGAGGAGCGACGGCAGCUCGUGCGUGAUCAAAUUCACGGCGCAAUCCACCCGCGACGCAGCCGUGCUCACGAUGAUGUACUUCUGGGAACGGCGCCAUGAAUCCAUCUCGGCGCGGUAGAGAGGAGGGAAUCGAUUUCAAAUGGGAAACAUAUUCUUUGGUGGGCAUAUUCGUGCUCGUUUCUGGGAAUCUUCUCGUUGGGGUAUAUUCGCUCAAACUCAAGGCCAGCAGAUCAAGAA